AUGCUGAUGCGGCCGCUGGUGGCGGCGAGGAACAGUACGGCCAUGGCCGACGGCUUCUGGCACGUCGUGGAGGGCACGUUUCAGCCAGCGUCGCCCGCUGCGGCGCCAGCGCCGACGCCGGGCGGUGGCGCGGGCAACUCGAGCGCGGCCGCGAGCGAGCCGGGCAGCACCGCGGCGGCCGCGGCCGCGAGCACGAGCGCGGCGAGCGUCUCGGUCGCCGGGGCCCCCCGGCGGUCGUCGCGUGUCGUCUCGACCGUCUCCACGACCACCACGCAGUGCAUGGUGCCCGAUGAGGGGGACGACUGCUACAAGGAGGUCAUCGACACCAUGUACACGAUCCAGAGCCAGCCGACGGCCACCCACGGCGGCCUCAACAUGUGGUCGUCGUUCGAGGAGGUGCAGGACGUCCUGCACGGCCUGUCGGUGGCGAACCGGAGCAACAGCACGUGCCGGAGGAGCUGCGCUUGCGAGGUGGCGCAUGCCGGGUCGGACUGCCACGCGAGCGUGGCCUACAUCGUCAACCAGGGCGUGCGGGAGCAUCCGGAGUGGUACCCCGGCCUCGGAGAGGCCUCGGCCCCGGAGGAGUUCCAGGGCUACCUCAGCAGGUCGGUCGCCGAGGCCAACUGCGCGAGGCCCUGCAAGGCCGCGAGCUGGAGGGGGGACCCCUCGCUGUUCUGCUGGAGCCUCGCCCAGGGCUCGGGCUACGAGCAGGACGUGAUGAGGGCCCAGCUGCACCUCGCGGCGGGCAUCUUCGGGUGCGACGGCUUCGCCGUCGCGAGCGAGGACGCCUGGUCCCUCGGCCGCGGCCCUGGCGGGCGCAUCGGCGAGGUGCGGACCGUCCGCUUCAAGGGCGCGGAGGUCGGCGUCUCGAAGGACGGGACGGCAGGGAAUGCGCAGCUCUUCAUGCUGGCGUGGAACGCCAUCCUCACGCGCACGGCCGUGCUGAGCUUCGACUGGGCCGUCAAG